UACCAAAAGAAAACAAUAUCUCCAAUGGUAACGACAAUGUUACAAUUUCUCAAAACAAAACAAUUGGUAAAAAUUUUCAUAGAAAUCGGUUAAUACAAAUUGUGCAAAAUUAAUUGUCAACAAUUAACUGAAUUAAUCGAUGAAUUAUGUCCAACUGAUUAAACCGAUAAAAUGUCAUCUUCUCAUAGUAAACGAAUGACCAACAAUCAAAACUGUGAAUCAAUGGAUGAAACUCCCGAAGAAAGAAUCAGAUUAACAGGUAAAAGUAUUGGUAAAAGUUGCCUUAUCCUUCAGAUUGCUCUUUAUUUCAACAUCUAUUUUUCACCAAUAUACUUUGUCACCUUUUACCUUUCAUGUCAGAGUUUUAUGAAUGAACUUCGAGAGAUGGAAAUUUUUUUCACCAAGACUUUACUAACAAUCGGAAGUAUCAUUGAGAUUCCAAGAUUGGUUUUCGGCUACACUGGAAAUUAUAAUCAUCGGGUUCCUCAUAUACUUUGCUUCUGGUUAAUGACAACAUUCAUUCAAUUUCCUGUCCAAUUGUUGAUGCAAACAAUUCCUCUUACAACUAAACCAUUUCUCGCAACAAUCAACGUAAUCAUGAUUAUCUUUUUGAUUUUUGAAAUUUCUGUUGGUAUCUUUGUAUUCCGUUGGUUAGUUAAGUUAAUUCCAAGGAUUAAACAAUCUUAAUUGCUACAAAUUGACAAUUAAACCAACAAGUUUUACCCUAAAAUUGAUCUUAAUUUGAUUCCUUGCCUUCAAAGUAACAAUUAAAUGUCCAAUGAAAAAAAAAAUCUCAAACUAAAGAUGAAUUAAAUUAGCUGAUUUAAU